AUGGAGAUAUACGUCAGACUCAACAACGAUGUUGAAAGAGACUUUGCGUUUCAAAUAGAUACCAAUGACACCAUUAACACUAAGAUUGCCAAGAGUUUCCGCCAGGGAGGCGAUGGCGUGUCCGAUUUCAUCGUGCUCAGACCAACAAUCUUCCAUGAGAAGCAACCCAUUGGGUACUACAAGUCUCUGCAUCCUGGCUACUUGACAGAAGGUGGCUGCUUGAUCUUUGAUUACGACGCAGAUUUGCAGGAAUACAAGCAAAGAUUGGAUCCUGACAAGAAACUGAUCGACCAAUUGUGGCCAGGUCAGUUGAUUCUGCCCGAGUGGAAGAAGUCCACAAAGAACAUCGUUACAUAUGUGAUUUUUAUGCUGAUCUGGCUGUACACGGACUUGCCAGAUGUUAUCUCUCCAACGCCCGGUAUAUGUUUGACUAACCAGUUGUCACGUAUCGCAAUCCCUAUCUUCGAGCACUUCGGAAAGCACAGCAUCGCUGACAAGCUCAGGGAGGAGAUCCAAGUGAAUUUCUCCGGUGUCAUUGCUCAAUGGGGGUUCUUCGUGAUUCACAUCUUGAAGAUUGCCUUCAUUACCAUGUUCUUCACCACGGGGAUGGUCAAUCCAAUUAGCUUCAACCCAGCUGUCCUUUACAAGAUCAGGAAUCUUCAAUUGACCGGUCCCAAGAUCAAGAACUUGCUACGCUCUCUGGGCUGGGUUGGCGCCAAAAGAGGAACCUAUGAUGAGUAUCAAUCAAACUUCUACGAGUACAUUAUCAAAAAAUAUGGAGAUCCAGGCAAGGCCUUCAAAGCAGGUAUGAUCAGAGUCGCGGCAGCGCCAGGACUCCGUCUGGGUGACGGCGAGGGUUUCCAAACACCACUUGACCAGCGAUUCAGCGGAUAUACAUUCAAGACCAUAAAGGAGGAAGGUAAGUUCGUUCUUAGCGAAGAGUACUACCUUCAAUUGGAGAACGACCUCAAGAAAAAUCUUGAAUCAUGCCAGGGCGACAUUGGUCAGAUGAACAAUGAGAUCAGAAGGUUCAGGAGGUUUGGUCUCUACGAGCCAGGCGAGGAGUUGAAAGAGAUGGUUCGUCUCAGAAAAGAGGUUAAGGCUAGGGAGGAAGCAGAGAAAGCAAAGAAAGCAGAAGAAUCAAAGAAGGAGAAAUGA